AUGUACGGGAUGAGCUCGUCGUACCCAGACUCGGAGGGGCCCGGCUUCAGCGGCCCACAGCUGGGACGCAGAGGUCCUGGGGCAGCCUGGACUCCGACAGGACGACCCCUGGGUUUGUCUAUGAUGGAUCUUCCAGGCGUGUCCGGCCUCUUGGACAGCAGAUCCACAGGUCCAGAAGCCUCCCUCUCACACCGGCUGUCAGCCAUGGAUUCACACAUGUCACAGUUUGGAGGGCCCUUCUGGCAAAAUGGGGCACACUCUGGCUCUGGCUACUCCCCCUCAAUGUCCGGUCUACCUGCAUAUCAGCACCCAAGCUCCUUCCCUGGAAGACCCCUCACUCACUCCUUUCCCCUAUCAGACUCGGCUCCAUUUAGCCCUGGUUUGUUGACCUCUCAUGAUUAUCUCCUGCACAUGAAAUCCAACCCAUCCAGCCUGGCUUUUGGCCAAGUCCUGUCCUCCCAGGAGGCCCUCUUCAGGAGAUCUCAAGAGUCCCAAAUCCAAUCCAAACCUCACCUUUCCUCUCCACGGAUGGACCUGAUGUCAGCGCAGCUCCACAGCCAGUCUGCCCAGCUGUACAAUGCCUCUUCAUUCUCAUCAACUCCUCACCCUCAACCUCCACAACAUAGGGACAUUUCUGCACAAGACACAAUGAUGAAGCGCUACCAAAGCAUACAGCAAGGCCAUUCCACACCAAUGCCACAACAACAACAGCAGUAUCUUACCUGUGCCAAGUCACCAGACCCCCGACAAAGAGCGCUAGAACAGCAAGUUGCAGACAUCAAGCCCUCACUGCGGAUGAAUACCCAAGCAUACUCUCCAUACGCAUCUUCUGAGGAAACAGGCACUGGCUACUCCUCCUUAGAAUCCUCUUCUUUCUUGUCCUACGCCCAGAACACGCCACCGUCAGUUUCUUCGUUCUCCCACAGCAGCAGCAGCGCGCUAUCAGCGCCAUCUCACCAACGCACCCUGGAUUCUUCUACGGUUUCAUCAAUGGCCCUGUCUGAACCAUCAAACCAAUGCCCAAUGCCCUCUAUGUCCUCCCUGAACUCCCCAUGCGCUCCAAAAUCUCGAAGUCAGAUAAAUCAGAGCCCUCCGAUCUACCAAAGCCGGGCAUUCUCUCCAAAACAGCCAACCCCCACACACCCAACGUACUCCAGCCCACGCUACAGGCUUCCGCUUUCCCAGAAUCUUGGCUUUAGUCGAGGUCCAGGAGGAUCCAUUUUUAGUGACUCGAAUCAAGACCUAGGUUCACUGAAAAGAUCAAACAGUGGCGAAUAUGGAAGUCCUACAUACUCAUCAGCCAACAGACUGGCAGCUCAUGGUGGGGAUACACCUGCAGCAGAGAGUGUGGAAACGAGUCAAGAUGGAAACGCAAGCCCGUACAUUCCAAAGUGCAGAUUGUCCCCUUCCUUGAAAGCCGACGUCUAUUCUGGUUUAACGUCCCCCAAACCAACUCAUUCCUCCGGUGGUUCACAAGCUGGGAAAUGCUCUUCAAUGUUUGAUUCUAAAAACAGUGAGGAAUUACGUGUUGAGUCUUUGCUUCAAGAUCAAAGCUCUAGAGGCCAUCUUGCACAGGAUUAUCAACAUCAGUACUUGGGAACCAACUUGCCAAAAGAAAGAGCUGAUGCUUAUGCUGGACACGAACCUUCAACUGCUCCUCAGAUGGACUUCCGAACCAAUACGCCCGAUAGAACGCCAAAGUCAACUGGCGCAGCGAUUAGUGAGGCCAAACAGUCACCUCUUGGCACUAACCACUCAGCUGACACAGCCUCACACCCAAUGGGCUCUCUGGUAAACUUUGCAAUGGGCAGUCCGUGUGCUCCAUAUGGUUCAUUUAUGAGUAGCACUAAAGAGAUACCACCAACCAACCGUAGUGAAGUGUCCCUGCCAUCAUCUGAACUCUCUGCUCAAGCCUGCAUGCUGCAAACAGAUCUCUCUCCCGUGGGAAAUGCCAAGACUGAUCUUUUGAAACCAUUUCCAGACAAGCAGACAGGUGCAGUACACAGCAGGGCCCAGUUAGAGGCAUACACUCAGUCGUCCAAACUCCAGCAGCUACAUGUCCCAUCACAGACUGUCGAACCCCAGUACAGUCCCGGAGUGCAACAGCGAGAUCAGUCACGAUACACUCCCAACCCGGUGCCUUCCCAGGACUUACUGGACCAGUCUCUGCCUCUCUAUGACAACAGGGGAAGUGGUGGGGCAAUGGUCCGUUCUGAGGUUGGGAUGAAUGUGGAUGGUAGGGAGCAAGGGAGUGGAGGACAAACCCUGUGGAACCCCAGCUCCAAACAAGACAUGCACCGCCUCAACCAAACACCCGCUCUCCAAGAACCCCAGCAGCAGCAGCAGCAGCAAAGAACGCACACGCCCAGUCACCUCCCGCAGCCCCAGUUAGAUCAGCGUGUCGGAAUGGCAACAGACACCGGCAAUGACAAGCAGCAUUUUGUCCCGUCGGCCUGCUUUUCAGAACCGUUUGUACAUAGUGAAGAUCAGUCUUUCUUUCCGACAAUGGAUGACAUAUUCUGUUCAUCAGACCACAAUACAAGUUGUGCUGGGGACUCCGGAACGUACAUGCCAGAGCAGGAGUGCCAUUCCCAGAGUCAACUCCAGGAGCAUGGCAGUCUUAAAGGAUCUGGUGUUAGGCAGGGUUUUGAUAUGUUCAGUCACCAGUCAGAAGAACGUUACGCACAGUUCUGUCAACAAAACCUUCAACAAAGUGAUAACAGCUAUUCAGACUUUAUGCCAGUAAAGACUCCUGCCACUCCCUCUUCUAUAAAUGCAGAGCAACUCGGCCUCAUGCAGUCUCAAAGCCUCGGUUCAAGCACCCCAGGCCUGACAUCACCCGUCUAUUCUUCACCCCAACCAAAAAAGCUCUUGAAGACCAGUUUCCCUUCACUCUUACACCGGCAGGAGUCACAAGUGCAGUCCAAGAAGCACUACGCACAGGAGUACGAGUUUGAAGACGAGGACAAAGCUGACGUCCCAGCUGACAUUCGCCUUAAUAGUAGGCGCUUUUCGGACGUGCUCCCCGACUUGGUCUCUAGCUGCCGGCGAGGUGGAGGCUCCAUGAACAGCUCUAGUCCCAUGAUGGAUAUGGAUUAUUGCUACUCAAGCUAUAACUCCCUCACUCCACCGCAAACCCCUUGCUUGGACGGCCCAAGAAAAAGAGGCAGAAAACCUACAAAACCAAAACGCGACGGCCCUCCCAGGCCCAGGGGACGGCCUCGCAUACGACCAUUACCAGAACCGUCCGUAUUCCGCGGUCAAAGUCGAGGGGCCGGAGGAAGGGGCAGGGGGCGGGGUCGUGGACGGGGCCGAGGAAGAGGGAAAAGAGAUGACGGAAUUCAAGGUUUUGACAAACUACCAAACAUGCCGUAUCAUUGCGAACAGUAUGCAACCCCACAGUUCAUGCAGCCUCAGCACAGAUAUGACCCAGGCCCCACCCCACUGUUGCCCCCACCGCCCAGCCCGCUUCAGCUUGCUUCACAACAACCGCAGCCCUACAUGCAGCCGCACCAUCAUAUCCAGCAAUCAUAUCAACAGCUUCAACCACCUGAGGAGCCCGGCAAGAUGGGCUUUUCAUCCCCAACAAUGCCUCCGUCAGAUUCCCGGCUGAGAGCGGAGUCUUUCCCAGGCCCUGAACUGGCUCUGUCUGAUGGGUUAGGCGCCUCAGCUCCGUUUUUGGGUCUCAGUCCCGGACCCAGCACCACUCCAGACUACACCCGCAACGAUCCACAGCAGAUGCAAGAUCACAUACUUCCAUCUGAGCCCACAGAGGUUGCAAUGAAUAAGGAAAAUUUUGAUUUACUUAAUUGUGACAGCUGGGCGGGAGUGGACAAGUUUCCAAGUCUUGACGAUGAGAAGACGUUUGACCUUAAGCCAGAUGUGGUGGGCUCAUUCCUGGAUUUCCUUAAAACCGACAACAAGCAGCCGAGCCCGGAGGCCACAGAGAGUCGGCCAGAGCUGUCCUUGGACUGCACCCCUUCCCCUUCUCCUUCACAGCUCAACUCCGGCGAGGUGGAGAACAAAGCCAGCCCACAGUUAGACCCUGAGCUGAACGGGAACCUAGAAGCCCUGCCCUCCUUCUCUUCAGACGAGGAGGACUGCGUGGGCAAGAACGGAGACCUCCAGCAGAGUAUCACCUGCGCCAUCUCAACACUCUACGACAACCCGCGCACACAACCUCAGCCUGCCGCAGAACCCAACGCUUCAGACCAGAGCGCGUCCCCGAUUGAUCAGCAAGAAACACAAGGAAUGGAAGCACCGCAGAGACAUCACAGAGUGUCUGAUGAGUUAGAUGAUGAAGGGCUGGAAAACUCAAAGGAAGAACCCACGACAGAGAGAAGUGAGCUGGUGUCUCGUGAAGAAGAGGAAAGAGUGGGUAGAGAAGAAGAGGACAGAGCUGACGAGCCAAUGCACCAAGACGUUGUUGAACCUCAGUGUCCUACAGAGCAGCAACAGAGCACUCUAGAGAUGGAACAAGAAGCUGUGCCCGAGCGUCCACCCUCAUCGUUGCCCCCGUCGCCUGUGCCUGUAGAAUGCAGCUCUGAUCCUCCCGAGUCGUGCUCGGAACCUCGCCAUGCUCCACCGCUGUUAGACCACCCGACCCCUCCACCAAACCCCAACACGCAGCCCUGCACCCCUCCACCCCCAGCGCAUGUGGAGCACACCCGGGAGCUGGACGUGCCUUCUCCCCCUUCGCCCACUUCAUCCUCCACGCCUCCACCAACACCCCCCACCCCGGAGGAGGUCCAGGCUCCACAGAGGCUCACGUCUCUGCACCUGGCCAAGAAGCAGGCCAGUGCAGCCAUCGCAGGGGAGAGCGAAGAGGAGGCCAGCGAGAGUGAGGGAGAGGGCAUCUUCCGCGAACGUGACGAGUUUGUGGUGCGCACUGAAGACAUUGGAUGCUUAAAGAUGGCAUUGCAGACAGGCAGGGAACCGCCACCUAUCUGGAGAGUACAGAAGGCCUUGCUCCAAAAGUUUAGUCCAGAGAUUAAAGAUGGUCAGAGGCAAUAUGGUGCCACCAGUAAUUAUCUGGGAUACUUUGGUGAUGCCAAAAUACAAUACCAAAGAUUGUAUGUGAAGUUUCUGGAGAACAUCAACAAAAAAGACUAUGUCAGGGUGUGCUCCCGCAAACCGUGGCACCGGGCCUCACUGACUGUCAGACGCCAGUCACUCCACAACCACCUGAGCUCGAGCCAUCCGCAGUUCCCCCUUCCAAGCGUCCCUGCAGAGGAUGAGAGGGCAGCGAGAGACAGGAGGGAGGCGGAACGAAAGAGGGAGCGCAGGGACAACGAGAGGAGGAGAGAACGAAGGGAAGCCCCAGGAGACAAAUGCAGCAAAAGCACAGAGCAAGACGACAGUCGAGACAAAGACAUGCCUGUGCUGAAGCGGGAGCAGACCAGGUGCAUAGAAACUCCCAAGGUCUCUGAGAAGGCACCAGAAAAGAUCUCAGAGAAGACACCAGAAAAAGUCUUGAUGAACACACCAGAAAAAAGGUCAGAGAAGACACUGGAAAAAGUGUCUGAGAAGGUCCCAGAGAAGGUCCUGGAGAAGGUGCCAGACAGGGUCCCAGAGAAGGUCAUAGAUGUCAGGAGUAGCAGAGGGGACCCCGAGCCAGUCGAGCCCCCACUGAAGAGGAGCAGGGCCUGUGUGGAGCAGAGGUCUUCUUCUUCGGAGUCAGAAGACAGCGACGAGGACUCGCACACGGCCUGCUCCGCUCAGAGAGGCCUGAGCAGCCGCGGCCUCAGAGACCUGUUCAGGAGCUACGUGGAGAUGUUGGUGAGCACGGCCCUGGACCCAGACAUGAUCCAAGCCCUGGAGGACACGGACGAUGAGCUGUACCUGCCCUCCAUGAGGCAGAUCGACGGCCUGCUCAGCGGACAGAAGCGGAGGCUGCUGCUGCGGGUCAACAUGUCUGUCCCCCACCAGGAGGCUCUGCACGUCUUCCCCAAGCUGGCUGCUGACCCUCUGGACUGUGGGGCCGUGAGGGUCAGCCUGAGUGGUGAAGGAUACAACCGCAAGACCCUGAACCGCACCAAGAGACGCACCUCCAAACAGCAGGAGCUGCAGUUGUCUGUGGAAACCUGUCGGAUCUACUCCUUGUACCACGCCCUUCACCACUACAAAUACCACACGUUUCUGCGCUGCAAGAAGGAGACCGUGAGCAUGGAGCAGGCCUCAGACGAGGAGGACCCGGGCCAGGAGGAGGUGGUGCAGCGCUGCAUGGCCAACCACAGCUGGAUCGACAAGCUCUUCGGCUCCUUCAUGGAACUGCUCAGCCUCAGCGCCAAGGCCUGA